AUGUCGACAAUAGCCCUGAGACAACAGGGCAGGCCCGUUUUCCAGCGCUCGCUUCUUGCAUGCGGCCGGUGCCGAAGCGCGGGCACCCCGAGAUGGCACUCGUCAUCUGUAAAGGGCGGUUUCCAAGCUCUGAGGAAGAAGUUGCCGCCGCUGGCCGACAAGAGGCUUCGCGAAUUGCCCGACAAGCCGGCCAGGACGCGCUUCGCCCCUUCUCCCACCGGAUACCUCCACCUGGGGUCUUUGAGGACUGCUCUUUUCAACUGGCUUAUCGCACGGGCUACUGGUGGGCAGUUCAUCAUUCGGGUUGAAGACACGGACCGGACACGUAUCGUCGAUGAUGCCGUCGAGCGUCUACUCGCAGACCUCAAGUGGGCUGAGUUAAACUGGGACGAAGGCCCUGACGUCGGCGGACCUUACGGACCGUACGAACAAUCAAAACGCCUGGACUACUACAAGCAGUACACCGCCCAGCUCCUUGACGAGGGCAAGGCCUACCGCUGCUUCUGCACGGCGCACGACCUCGAGCGUCACAAGCAGCAGGUCCUCGACGACGGUGGCGGCUCCGCGCACUACCCAGGGACGUGCCGCGGCAUACCGCCGUCCCAGGCCGAACGCCGCGCCGCCAACGGCGAGAAGCACGUCGUACGCUUCCGGAGCGAGGGCCGCCCGUCCUUCGUCGACCGGGUCUAUGGCAACUACCAGAAGAACGAAGACGAGGACGAUUUCAUCCUCGUCAAGAGUGACGGGUACCCGACCUACCACUUCGCCAAUGUGAUCGACGAUCACCUCAUGGAGAUUACUCACGUCAUCCGCGGUGCUGAAUGGCUGAUCUCGACGCCCAAGCACAUCGCUCUCUACGACGCCUUCAAGUGGGAGCCCCCGACUUUCGCCCACGCCGGCUUGCUCUGCGCCCAGAAUGGCGAGAAGCUCAGCAAGCGCAACCACGACAUCGACAUCUCGUCUUACCGCGACAAGGGCAUCCUUCCCUCCGCGCUCAACAACUGGCUCGCUCUGCUGGGCUGGAGUAUGAACGAGAAGGACCUCGCCAAGGGCGGCGAGGUGUUCUACACAACAAACGAGCUCGCUGAAAAAUUCUCCCUCAGGUUCACAAAGGGCAACAUCAAGACAAACCCGGACAAACUCGCCGUCUUCCAACGCAAGCACCUCACCCACCGCCUGCGCGAGGAGAACGCCGACGAGGAACUUCUCAAGCAAGCCCUCCUCCCGCCCACUACCAGUCUCCUUUCCCGCAUCUCAUCUCUCCUCCCCUCAUCUCCGACGGAACCUCCCACCUCUCCCGGAGAUGCUUCGCCCCCCAAGGGCGCAUCGACAAUUGCUACGCCCGAGAUCCUCACCUCUCCGACCAACUCAAGACACUUCUUCUCAACGGCAGACUUCACCUCCCUCACCCCGCUCCUCUCCUCCCCAGCCACAGCUCCCGCCCACCUCCUCCAGAUCUACCGCACCCUCGCCGCCGACUCCCCUGUCGACCCCCUGGACCUGGUCCACGAGCAUCCCUCCCUCUUCCUUCGCCCAUCAGCACAAGCCUACGCCCGCUCUCUCGAGAACCUCUCCCUCGCGGACACCACGGCCACACCCCCGGCCCUCCUCGCGGACCUGCACGCCUCCCUCCGUGACGUCCACGAGCUCGACUGGGCUCCAGACAGGCUGCAGUCUGUCAUUAACGACUUCUCCGCGCGCCACGCCGCCUCCGUCGACCCAGAGAGACCCGCCAGGCCGAUCAACAAGGCGACGUACGCGCUGCUGCGGCUCGUCCUCACGGGCGACCACAACCGCGGCGCCAAGCCUGCCAAGUUGCAGCUCGCGUUACUGGGGCGCGCGGAGACCUUGACGAGGUUCGAGCUCUGUGCCGAACAGUGA